AUGGCCAAAGAACUCGGAAUGUCGCAGCCAACGAUCAGGAGUAUUUUGAAAGAUGAUCUCGGAUUGAAUGCUAACAAAAAACAGCGGGUGCAUGCCGACAUAAUUUCCCGUGGAAUGAUCCCACCGCAGCUACAAUAUGAAUCGCUUUGGUUCAACGGUCCACAUUGGCUAAAGUUGGACGAGCACAACUGGCCAUCUGCUCAUCAGAUAGAUGUAGAAGACUUCGACCUCUUGGAUCUCGAAGCCAAGAGCAUGGCGACAGCACUUCCAGUGGUAACUCCAAGCGAUAUCUUCAGCCUCAGAUCAUCGUAUACACAUCUCAUACGACUGACUGCUUGGCUUCACAGAUUCCGCUACAAUUCGCAACCGGUGAACCGUGACAAUCAACGGUGUGGUCCUCUCACAACGCUCGAACUGGAAGAUGCUUUGCAUGCGUUGGUCAAGCUCUCCCAACAAGAAAGCUUCUCGCUGGAGUUAGCUGAUUUGACAAACGGUAGAGAAGUUCGAGAGUCGUCGAAGAUUUCGUCACUACACCCGGAGCUCAAAGAUGGAAUACUCUGCGUUGGCGGCCGACUUCGCCACGCAUCGAUUGCGACCCGUCGCAAGCACCCGUAUAUCCUGGAUCACCGUCAUCCAUUUACGUACAUGGUCGUCGUUCACUACCAUCGAAAGAUGUUGCAUGGUGGACAACAGCUCAUGGUUUCGUCCGUUAGAGAGCGGUUCUGGCCAACAAACGCCCGGAACCUAGUGCGAAAGGUCAUCCACGAGUGUGUACCAUGUUUCAGAGUGAAGCCCAAGAUUCAGGACCAGCUCAUGGCGGAUCUUCCCCCCGAAAGAGUCACCCCGUGUCCACCAUUCCAGCGCGUAGGUGUGAAUUACUGUGGCCCGUUCCAAGUGUCGUAUCCGUACCGGCGCAAUCGCCCGGUGAAAAUCUUCAUUGCUGUCUACGUCUGUCUAGUAACCAAGGCCGUUCACCUGGAACUAGCGUCAGACCUGUCCGCUCAGGGAUUUAUUGCAACCCUGAAGCGUUUCUCUUCCCGGCGAGGCAAGCCGGAGAUCAUAAUGUGCGACAACGGAAGAAACUUCGUAGGUGCGAGACGACAGUUGGACGAAUUACGUCGCCUGUUCAACAACCAGCAGUUCCAGGCAUCCGUCGUCAGAAGUUCAGCUGAAGACCAGAUUCAGUUCCGGUUUAUUCCAGCGCGUUCUCCAAACUUCGGUGGACUGUGGGAAUUGGCAGUCAAAUCGUUCAAGCUGCUCCUCAAACGAACGAUUGGCCACAUGCUGAGAGUGGUCGAACAGCAGAUGACCGUUCUGGUUCUGCCUGUAGUUCCGCCAGACCUCAUGGUGGGCAUUCAGAUCUCCUCCAAAUACGAAGCGGGAACCGGUACGGGUGAUGGUGGAUAG